AUGACGCGGGGAAAUCUCCUGCGACACAUCUUCAGACACGGUCCGAAUUCCAAGCUCAAGCGCGAAGCAGCCCCAUCCAAAGUCGACGAGAAUGAAAGAUCACCUCUCAUCGCAAAGUCACCCGCAAACGAGCCCAAGCCGCUAUCGCAAGAUCUGUCGCCGCCACGAACACCCGAGCCACAUACCGUACACGUCCUUCCCGAGAUCACCGAGGAGGGAUCUAGCUCUCCAGCUGCCGAUUCGCCUUCCGCAUCUUCAAGCACAGGAAGUACAGUGUCCGACCUCGCAUCCAUAGUCACUGUCCUCGCCGCGCACGCGCCUCUCAUUAACCCCACAGCUCUUACUACCCGCGACCUCAUCUACGCCGCCAUCGAUGAAGCGAUUUCAGCCACGAAGGACCAUCUCGACACACUAGCAACUGCGUGGGCCUUGCUUGAGGCCCUCGCUGGCUUCAGUGAGACGGUCGAGGUGCUAAAGCAGGAGAUGGAGCUGAAGAUUACGUCGUCCGAAGCCAAGCUUGUGGAGUUGGAAAGCUUCGAGGAGGCGGUUGAGGGUAUGACGUUAUCGGAUGAGCAGGACAUAAACGGCGCGGAUGGUGGUGAUGGGGACGGUUCACCAGGUCCCUAG